AUGAGCAGAGAGAAGCGCGAACCCGAAUAUCCGACGGAGUUGGAGACACAGUUUGUGAUGAGGCUUCCAGAAGAACCUGCGAAACAAUUGAGAGAAUUGCUAAAAAGUGGUGAAAAUUUAAAAAACCGAUUAACUAUUCAGAUUGAAAACGACAUGAGAAAUGGCGAAGUUCGGUUCGACCACUGGCUUAUGCAUGGCAAAAUAGUUGAUUUACCAACAAUCAUAGAAUCUCUCAAAACAAUCGAUAACAAAAGUUUCUAUAAGUCCGCUGAUAUCUGUCAAAUGAUGAUAUGCAAAACAGAGCUAGAUCAGUCGCCAGUCGAAGAAGAAUCCCCAGCCAAGAGUAAGAAAAAAGAUCCUUAUAAAGUAGAUAAAAAGUUUCUCUGGCCACAUGGUGUCACACCGCCAACUAAAAACGUUAGAAAAAGACGAUUCCGAAAAACUUUGAAGAAGAAAUGUGUAGAAGCACCAGAGAUAGAAAAGGAAGUUAAAAGAUUGUUGCGAGCUGACAAUGAAGCUGUAGACUUUAAAUGGGAAGUGGUGCAAGAAGAGGAUGAAAAAGCUCAUAAGAAUGAGCCUAAUACUUCUACAACUACCAAUGUUAAGCCUAAAAAGAAAGGAAAAACAGACAAGGUUAAAUAUGAGCAAGUACCAGGUACAUCCAACACUGAGACAUCUAAUGUUGUAGAUAUCUUUGGAGGAGCUGUGAGCGACAGUGAAGAUGAAGAUAACAUUAAUGUUGAAAUAGAAGAUAGUCAUUUAUUUCCUUAUGACAGUCGUUUGUCUGACACUAAUUCCAUGCAAGGCAUGGCUGACAUGCAAAAUAAAGGAAUUAAUAUUAUGCCAACAGAGUUUGAACCAGGGAUGUUUACUACGGCUCAGGGUAUAUCUUCAAAAAGUUAUCUUAGUGAAAAUCAAGAACCAACACCUGCAACAUCUGGAUAUCCCAAGGGUGAAGGUAUGUCGUCAGGAGAUGAUAUUGAUUACACUUCUCGAGACAUGUCUAAAGACAAUAUGCAAUUGAGAAUCGAUCAACUCCGAGCAGAAUUAGAGGAGUUAAAGCAGCGGAAACAAAGGACACAACAUGAAAUAGCUGGAAUGGAAAAUUUAGCAUUACGGCAAAGAUUUCAGGAUAUUCUGCAUACCUUAAAUCAAGACAUAAUGUAUAAAGAAAUGGAAUAUCAAGGUUUACUUGUUCUUCAAAGUUCUGAAGAUAUCUAAUAAUUUCAUAUUACCAAUUAUCAUUAUCAUAAGCAAUUUUUUCAGCAAAUAUGCAGAUUUUUGAUGUUUAGAUUUAAGAAUAUUCAGUGUAAUAUGUACAAUAUCUGUCUAUAUGUAUUGUUUGAAAACUUAAUUAUAUAUACUUUAGAAAAUUGUAGUAAUUGGGUAGGUGGUUACUACACAUGCCUAUCAACUUACUAGAUAUCAUGAAAGAAUGUAACUUCCAGUACUAUGCCCUAAUACAUGGUUUCAUGACUAUAGUCAUGUCGGUACAUUAAUUGAGUACUUAAAAUGAAUUUAUUAACUACUUACUACACAGGUAAAACUGCUUUUAUGAUCAAAAUACAUUCUAUCUCUAUAAUUGCUGUCUAAAAUAAAUGUAUAAACUGACUUAA